UUUAGUGUUACUUUAAAUUUCAACAUGGACUGACCAUCUUGCAUUGACGUUUCUUUUAUUAUUAAUUCGUUUAAAUAAAUUUAUUAUUAAUGGUUUGGUUCUAACGAGGUUUUUAUUAUAAUUAUCUAUAUAAUAUUUUAGUAUUUACAAUGAAAGUAUAUGUUUCUAUUUUGUUGUGUUUUUAUGUGCAAUUUAAUAAUGUAAGUGGUGCAGUGUUACCAGAUUUAUAUCGGCUGGAUAUAAUACAUUAUAAUGAUUUCCAUGAUAGGUUCGAAGAGACUUCAAUCGCGUACCCAGUGUGUAAAUCAAACGAUACGAACUGUAUAGGCGGGUUCCCUCGUAUGUAUCAAGAAAUACAGACGCUACUAAAAGAGAAGCCUGGCGCUUUGCUACUAAAUGCUGGAGACACAUUCCAAGGAACGUACUGGUAUACAAUUUUCAAAUGGAAUGUGACGCAAAUGUUUAUCAAUUUGCUACCAAAUGACGCCCAUGCAAUAGGUAACCAUGAGUUUGAUGAUGGAGUAGCUGGUUUAGCACCAUACCUUGCGGCACUCCAAGCUCCAGUGUUGGCGGCUAAUAUUGACACCACCAAUGAACCAUCACUCAAUGGUUUGUAUCAGCCACACGUGGUGUUAGAGAGAAAGGGACGAAAAAUAGGAAUUAUUGGAUUAAUAACAACAGAGACAGCGACCUCAUCAAAUUCUCAAAACGUGAUAUUUUUGGAUCCAAUAGAAACUGUUAAAAAAGAGGCGCAGGAGUUGGCUGAGAGUGGAAUUGAUAUCAUCAUUGUCUUAUCACACUGUGGUUUAGAUGUUGAUAAGAAAAUAGCCAGCGAUGUUGGAGAAAAUAUAGAUAUUAUAAUAGGAGGUCAUUCGCAUAGUUUAUUAUGGACCGGUGACCCUCCCAGCAAGGAAGAGACUUCUGGACCUUAUCCUGUAGUAAUAAGACCCAAGUCAAAACCUGGACAUCAGGUAAUGGUUGCUACAGCGUCAGCGUUCACCAAAUAUUUGGGAAACAUUACAGCGUACUUCGACAUAUACGGAGAGUUGCAGAGUUAUGAGGGAACACCAGUAUUUCUAAACAGAUCAAUUCCUGAAGAUCCGAAUAUAAAAACCCUUAUGAAACCAUAUAAAGAAAAACUCGAUGCAUUAGUUCACGAGGUCAUAGGGUUCAUAAACGAAGACUUGUUGGCAAAAACGUGUGGUGCGCAGGAGUGUCCGCUAGGAGAUCUCAUUGCUGACGCACUUUUGGAUGCGACCAAACAAUUAAACGUGUCGAGCCUUCCACACGUUGUUUUUCUUCUAAGGAACAUGAUUCGUGGGUCAAUCGGCCAAGGAAAUAUCACCCGAGGAGCAGUUAUAAAUACGUUGCCGUUCACCAAUGAAGUGGUGACAUUCACAUUACUGGGAAAGUAUCUAAUGGAGGCAUUGAAGAGGUGUUUCACUAACUAUUGGGUACAUAAACCUUUCAAUGGACCGUGGAUGCCACAAGUUGCCGGUUUGCAAGUAACUAUGAAUACCACGGACGGUAGUGUACUUUCGGCGUUUGUGAAAAAUGGUGACAAUAUCGAGCGUUUGGAAGCAGAUAAGGAGUAUCAAGUAACUACAAUGAAGUUCCUCUUGGGAGGUGGAAAUGGUUUUGUGAUGCUAAAGAACUAUGGACAAAAUAAAUUGCACGUGGGACAAGAUGCUGAUUUGUUGGAAAAUUAUAUAAAGAAAGUGUCACCUAUUACACCUACGGUCGACAACAGAAUAACUGUGAUUAACUGAUCUGAACUAUAUCUGUGAUUUUUUAUGAUGUGAAUUAUAUUGAUUUUGAAGUUUAA